AUGACUACAGCUGGAAAGGGGCAUGACAUGUACUGUCAGAAGGCAGUAUCCCUCAUAGUUGACCUCUGUACAGAGGACACCCCACGGCUGGACCAGAACACCUGUGAGGAGUUCUUCUUUCUCAUCUCCAAUCAAGAGUUCAACCACAGAGAGCCGGACAUAUCUGCUGGCCUCCCCAUCUGUGUGAUAAUAGCGUGUGGAUUGGCACUGCUGUUACUUGCCUCAUUGAUCUCCUGGAAGCUGUGCUGGGUUCCUUGGAGGAACAAAACCCUUUCAUCCAGUUCUGCCGCCCUUGCCCCAGAGGACUGUCCCUCACUCCAGUUACCAUCUCUCCUGCCGAGUCCUCAGCCAUCUGAAAUCGCUAUGGCGAGUGAGAAGGAAAAGUAUCCCUUGGCGUCGAUAGGUUUACUGGAGGCAGCUGUUAAAAUAAGUCAAACAUCUCCUGACAUCCCUGCCGAGGUGCAGCAGUCCAUGAGGGAGCACUUUUUGCGCCGGACGCAGCGCAUGCAGAGACAGACCACUGAGCCAGCGUCAUCCACCAGGCAUAGUUCCUUCAAACGCCACCUGCCUCGUCAGAUGCAGGUUGGCAGUCUGGACCUAGGGAACGACUAUGAUGUGGAUGAGCAGCCAACCAGCAUCGGUCGCAUCAAGCCUGAACUCUACAAACAGAUGACCAAAGAGAAUGAAGACUCGGGCAAUAGUCAAGGUGACAAAAACUGUGGGAAGAUACAUUUUUCUCUACGCUAUGAUUAUGAGAAUGAGAUGUUACUCGUCAAAAUACUCAAGGCCUUCGAUCUACCAGCCAAGGAUCUUUGUGGCAGUUCUGACCCUUAUGUCAAGAUCUACCUGCUACCAGAUCGCAAACAGAAGUUCCAGACACGUGUCCACCGCAAAACGCUCAACCCCACAUUUGACGAGUCCUUCCAGUUUCCUGUACCCUAUGAUGAGCUGCCUGUCAGGAAGCUCCAUCUCAGCGUUUUUGACUUCGACCGGUUCUCAAGGCAUGAUAUGAUUGGGGAGGUCAUAUUGGACAAUCUGUUUGAAGUGUCUGAUCUCUCAAGGGAUACCUCCAUCUGGAGAGACAUUCAAUAUGCUACCUCUGAGAGUGUGGACCUUGGAGAGAUUAUGUUCUCACUCUGCUAUCUGCCUACAGCAGGGAGAUUAACACUCACUGUCAUCAAGUGCAGGAACCUUAAGGCAAUGGAUAUAACAGGAUACUCAGAUCCCUAUGUGAAAGUAUCUCUCAUUUGUGACGGGAGACGUUUGAAAAAGAAGAAGACUACAACAAAGAAAAACACCCUGAAUCCCACUUAUAAUGAGGCCCUUAUCUUUGACAUCCCUCCUGAGAGCAUGGACCAAGUCAACUUGCACAUCUCUGUCAUGGACUAUGACCUGGUGGGCCACAAUGAGAUAAUUGGUGUGUGUCGUUUGGGGUGUGCUGUUGAAGGUUUAGGUAGGGACCACUGGAAUGAGACGCUUGCCUACCCUCGAAAGCCAAUUGCACACUGGCACCCCCUGGUGGAGCCCAAGAAAUCAGAAAAAGAGGUAAGUCCCCCCACACCAAAUGCAGAUCCAAACACAAAUGUGUAUACAAACAGUGCAAAUAUUCUACUGAAUAUUGGGGCAGAUAUAAUAACCCUCAGAAUCAGUUUAAAUAUAAGUUUAUUGAAUGUUUCAACAGCAAAUUGCAUUGCCAGAAUCCAUUUCUAACCAGUUGCCAAUUUCCCUUUGUAAACAUUCAACCCCCACUAGUCACCUCCUCAUACUUGAAUUGUGGAUCAUGUAUAAUGCAUGAGUGGAAUAUGUCAGUGCUGGUUUUAAUUUACACACAGAAAUGCUUUCCUCUCCUCUGACCUGUGGUCAAGAGUAAACCAUGCGGAAUCAACCAUUUCAAUGAAAACGUUUUGCUGAAACAAUGGAGUCAUUUAAACCACAGUACUCUAUAAUGUAGUCAUUUGUGUCAUUGUGUGUCUUUUUGUAGUGAAAUAUUAACGUAAACACUGCUAUUUAUCCAUAUGUUUUCGAUGUAGUUAUAUUCUAGUGGUAUUUCCACCUGAUCUAACCAUAAAAAAAAUAUAUAUAUAUAUUAUGUAAUGUAUUCUAAUGUAUUCAGGUUGAUCUAGUGAUGUUAAAUACAGUUUUUGAUUUGAAUAAAACCAGUUAUUUUUUUAUGUUACUACAUCCCUACUGAAGAGACCAGUAUUGCUGGUCACCAGACUGUGUUGUGUUUUGGGUGCUGGUCUCCCAUCAUGGGUUGCCUACAUGCUGGUGUGUCCACCAGGCUUUUAGACUAGCUUAGUCAGCUUCAUCAGAAAGACCAUUCUAGUCAACCAGCUUCAACAGCUAUUUUUGGCUGGAGAAAAGAAUAUCUAUGCUUGUCCACCAGCUAGACCAGCACCAACCUAGCACUAACUAGCAUAACCAGCCUAGACCAGCAUGGGAAUUGUAUGGUGGUUAAGGUGGUCUUUUUUAGCAAGGAUUAAGCAAUUAUUUUUAGGUAAGAAAUUUUACAGUGUAGUAUUUAUUGUUGUAUAUUGUGUAAAUGUAUCUGUUAAUAUCAAUAUCAGUAUAGCCAGUGUUGGGGAGUAACAGGAUACAUGUAAUCGGAAUACGUAUUUAAAAUACAAAAUAUCUGUAUUUUAUUUUUGUCCUCCAUUACAGUUACAAUUUAAAUCAUUGGUAAUUAGAAUAGUUACAUUCAAAAAGUAUUUUGAUUUCUGAAGAGAUUACUUUGCAUUGUAUUGUCAUUUGUUUCAUUUAAUUUUUAGUCCAUUCAGACGGAAAACAUUUAUACAUAUAAAUUAUACGAUCCAUAGUGCAUUUGAACAGCGGUGAAACACUUUCUUAUGAUGUAUUACAUUCAUACGAGCAGACAGAGAAGUACGUUUGAAGUAAGUUUGAAGCAGAAGAAAUAGAAUUAAACCUUGUGUAAAUUGUCAGCUUUACGCUAAGUGAAAAUUUUAUUUCUAGCUAUUUUACAUGCACAUGUUAUCAGAGAGGAUCAUAUUUUUUUAUCAAGAAAAUUCACGUUGGAUCAAAUGUUCUUUUUUUUCUAAUAAGACAUUUUAUAUUAGGGCAAAAAUCAUAUUCUUGACAUAUUUCCUGUAAAAGUAUUAAAAAAAUCCUUAAAACAAGAUCAAUUUGAUUGAUCUUGUUUUAGAAAAAACACUGCAUAAGAUAUUUAGGUUUUUCAGAGAAUGUACAUUUAACAUUCUGUACUGUUACUGUACUGGCAGAGUUACUGUACUGGCAGAGUUUUUAUAAUCAAAACAAAUAAUACAAUCUACCAGUGCUGAAGAUGUAAUCCAAAGUAUUUAAAUAUGUUACUGACCUUGAGUAAUCUAAACAGAAAACAAAUUAAAAUUUAUAGCAUGUAUUCUGUAUUCUUUAGUGGAAUACAGAAAAGUAACCCUCCCAACUCUGUGUAUAGCACAGAUAUACUAUACACAUACACUUUAUAUAGUAUAUAGUAUAUAGAAUAGUUUAUAUAAACUAACUGAGCAUUUAAUUAGGAACACCUGUAUACCUACUUGUUCAUGCGAUUAGCUAAUCAGCCAAUCAUGUGGCAGCAGUGCAAUGCAUAAAAUCAUGAAAAUACAGGUCAAGAGCUUCAGAUAAUGCUCACAUCAACCAUCUGAAUGGGGGAAAAAUGUGAUCUCAGUGAUUUCGAUCAUUGCACGAUUGUUGGUGUCAGAUGGGCUGGUUUGAGUAUUCCUGUUACUGCUAAUCUCCUGGAAUUUACAUGCAUAACCAGGGCUGGACUGGGAAGAGAAAUCGGCCCAGGAUUUUACAUAGCAACUGGCAACUGGGAGCGGAGGUGGGGGGUGUUCGCUGUCCUUUUCUGCAUAUUGUGGUGCCAUUUUGUGGUCCGUCCUGCAUAACAAGGCUCAUUUUAGCUUAUCGUGGCCCAUUCGGCCCGUUUCGCGGCCAACCCACAGGCCCGCUCGAUUCUCUCGGUUGGCCUCAAAGUGCAUCGGCCCACCGGGAAAAUGGCCAGUAUGGCAGAUUACCAGUCCAGCCCUGUGCACAAAAGUCUCUAGAGUUUACACAGAAUGGUGUCAAAAACAAAAAACAUCCAGUGAGCGGCAGUUCUGCGGAAAAAAAUGCCUUUUUGAUGAGAGAGGUCAAUAGGAAAUGGUAACUUCUAGGUUACUAAUGUAACCCCCGUUCCCUGAUGGAGGGAAUAGAGGCUCAUCACACCUUUUAUACCAGUAUGUCUGUGGGCGGGACAUGCAAAAUUCUGUUCGCCAAUUUGGCAUUGUCCUUUUUCAUAUUCAGAGGUAUCCGAGGCUCCCGAAAGAAGCCCCUUGUGUCACUACAAUCGACACCACGUCAAAUGAGUGACAGAAGGGGAACUCAGAUUACCACUCUGCACAAUUGUAGUAAGCAGAAUAACAUCUCAGAAAGCACAGCAUGUCGAACAUUGAGGCAAAUGGGCUAAAACAGCAGAAGACACGUCGGGCACUUUAUUAGGACCAUAGUGUUCCUAAUAAAGUGCUCAGUGAGUGUGUGUGUAUGUAUGUGUGUGUGUGUGUAUAUAUAUAUAUAUAUAUAUAUAUACACGGCCAAAAGUUUGGAAAUUCUUCAUAUUCACCAAAGUGGCAUUCAGCUGAUCACAAUAUAUAGUCAAAACAUAAAAAAUUACCAUUUCAAUUUGAAUAAAAAUUCUGAACUUCUUACAAGAAUUCUUAAAAAAAAAUCCUCCACAUGCUGCAAUGACAGCUUUGCAGAUCCUUGGCAUUCUAGCUGUCAGUUUGCCAGAUACUCAGGCGACAUUUCACCCCACGCUUCCUGUAGCAUUUGCCAUUCUUUUUUGCCAUUUUUGACCUAAUAUUGACCUUAAGACAUGCUGUUUCAUACUGUGGGAACUCAAAAACAAACACAAAGACAAUGUUAAGCUAAAUUUAACAAACCAAAUAGCUUUCAGCAGUUUUUAACAUAACGGCAAUUAUAGUGAGUGAUGGCUGCUGGAAAUGGGUCUAGAUUUGAUAAAAAAAUUACUUUUAAAAUAGUGAUGGUGCUGUUUUUUUACAUCAGUAAUUUCCUGACUACACUUUGUGGUCAGUUGAAUGCCACUUUGAAAUUGGUACUUGUGAAUUCAAGUACCAAUUUCCUUCUGAAACAGCAAAAUCUAUAUGAAAUAAUCUACUGUAUAUUAAAAGAAGGUUCCCUAACGUUGAUUCUCUCUUUGCUUGU